AUGUCUUUCAAAGGACUUGUAUUUAGUAAAGGUUCACAGUCAAAAAGUGAUGAUAUAGCGAAGCAGCCGUACCCUUCAAUGGGAAUGAUGACAGCAUCAGUUAGAGAUGAUUAUUCCGAUUAUGAAGAUGAUGAAGACGAACCAAUGGAUAAAGAGGAAGUCGAAGAACCUACUAUGAAAACAGCAUCAUUCAAUUACAACUCAUGGCUAAAUGGUAGUCAAAACAAUCAACAGUCGACCCAUGUAAAUAAAUAUGGAAUUGGUGCUCAAUUGUUAAAGAAGAUGGGAUAUCAAGAAGGGAAAGGUUUAGGUGCUAAUCAAGAAGGUAUAGUGAACCCCAUAGAGACAGAACUAAGACCUAAAGGAGUGGGUAUUGGUGCAAAUAUAUCAACUACACCUAAAAGUAAAGGCAAAAGUAAACACCAAGAUUCAAGUGACGAUGAUAGUGAUGCAAAGGAUAUCAAGAUUUCUAUAUCGUUAUUUGAGAUAGUUGAAAAAUUGACUAAUAUCGGGAUGAAAGUUCCUGAGAGGAUAAUAUCUUUGUCUAACGGUAUAUCUAAUAAUGAUCAACAAAUAAAUGAUGACGAGCUGAAGAGAAUUCAUGUAUUUUUAACUACUACACUUCUGCAAUAUGAUUCUAAUGUUAAGCAAGCACAAUUUAAAGAAUAUGAAAAGAAAAGCACCGAAGUUCAAUUAACAGAAUUCAAAAAAGAUCUCGAUUCAAGUAUAGAGUCACUUAAGAUAUUGGAAGAUAUUGAAGAAAAAGGAGAUAAUAUAGAGUUGGAUUAUUUGACACAAAGCUUAAAGAAACUCGUAACGUUCAAAUUUUCACAUACUCCAUCAAUAUUCGUUAGUUCCAUUCGAGUCACAGUUACUCAUCUAUUUGAUACUCAUUUCAAGGAAUCAUUGGAUGCUGAAAAUAUAUUGAUUACAUACUUAUCAGAGUGGUCAUUGAUCUAUCGUGAAAUAGAGGAGAAAGACUUCAAUAGUCUCAAUAGUUUUGAUUCUUUACUUUAUGAGUUAUUCUCACUGCAAUUGAAAGCCAUUAUAGAUAUAGACAACUCAUUAAAUUCACAUUCGGUGGCAUUGAACUACAUAAAUGCUUGGAUAUCUUAUCCAAUCUUCAUACGAUCAGAUUUAGUGAUUGAAGUUAAAGUCUUGAGAGAAAUAAUACUACCUAAAAUUGAACAAUACGUUCAAAGUUGGAUUCCUGCAAAUAUUGGCAGUGCAUCACCUACAUUUAUCAUAGACUAUAUUAUUUCAUUAACUCCCGAUGAUGCUGGCCCAUUUGAUCUGGUGUUGGAUGAUGUUACAAUCAAGUAUCUUGAAUUUGUGGAUAGUAAUAAUGAUGAUUCAUACUGGAAUAAACUACAAGCAGAAGAUAAAAGUUACAAUGAGUAUAUAGUUCAAGAGCUAGGUACGAUGUUUAAUUUUUGGACAAGGUCAUUAACUCAAUUUUCUGAUAGUGCUAAUAUUUCACUCCUAAAGCAAGAAUUAAUCAAAUCAUGUGUUCAAGUGUUGUCUGGGAUUAGAUUCACAAAAUCUUCAACACAAGAUUUUACGAAAGUUAGGUUUGUCUUACAAAUCUUCAAUAGUGUUGAGAUACUCUUGCUGGAGCAAGUGGAAGAACUACUUCUGUUUGGCUUAAUGAAUCCAUGGCUUAAAUCAAUUUUAAAUUUGUCUCCUGAAACAUUGACUAGAGAUUUUUCAAUCUGGAUAAACUUUUUUAAAGACAAUUCGGAAGUCAUAGGUCAAUACGAUUCAUUAUUCGAAUGGUAUAUAAAUACAGGUUUAAGUUGUAUAGACCAUCAUCAAUUAAAUAGUCUAGAAUCAAGUUUACCAAAGGCGUUUGGUUCAUGUUAUCCUUCCGUACCAGAGAUUUUAAAGCUUAUUGCAGAAUUUGGAACUAAUAAUGAAGAAAGUGAAGAUAAUAUUGCACCCGUUGAUAUUCAAGGUAUUCCAUCAUAUAAGCUAAUGACAUCCUUUAAAGAUGUGGUUAUGGAAUACUGUGUUGAACGAGAUUUAUUAAUCAAUUCUGAAAGAAAUAGAUUUCAUUCAGUAUUGGGACAUCCAUUAUAUACCAUUAUGGGAACUUCAGCAAAGAAAAUAUGGGCAUACAUCCAUGAUGAUGUGUUAUGGAUAACUGAUGCAAGUCAAGGUGUUGAACUGGCUAAUUAUAAACCCAUUAGUCUAGAUAAUUUGCAACUGUAUAUAUAA